CCUGCCUAUUUUAUGCAUUGCUGAGGCUGAAAGAAAACCAUUAGACAAUCGUGGCGAGCUGAAGCCUACAGUAAGGCCUUUACAAUUAUUUCUAACUUGCUGCCGUUCGCAAUUUAGCAAAUUACUGAAAAACGUUGUGCCUUUGUGAAGUUCUGCAUUCCAUCACUGUGUUCGGAAAAGAUUGCAGGCUGUGAUGGAGAAAGCUCCGUUGCCUGGAGAUGAACGGGACACAGGUGAGGCACAGCAGAGAGCCGUGGUGGACGUCGCUGGUGUGGACGGUACCGAGGCGGUGGUGGCGCGUGAUGGCUGGGACAGUAAGCUGGAGUAUGUGCUGGCCCAGGUGGGCUUCAGUGUGGGGCUGGGAAACGUGUGGAGGUUCCCAUACCUCUGCCACCAAAAUGGAGGAGGGGCCUUUCUGCUGCUCUACAUCCUGCUGAUGUUGGUGGUCGGCGUGCCCCUGUUCUUCCUGGAGCUUGCAGCCGGGCAGAGCAUCCGGCAGGGCAGCAUUGGUGUCUGGAAAUGCAUCUCCCCAAAACUGGCGGGGAUUGGCUACUCCAGUUGCCUGGUGUGCUUCUUUGUGGCAUUGUACUAUAAUGUGAUCAUUGGCUGGAGUCUGUUCUAUCUGGGGAACUCCUUCCAAAACCCCCUGCCCUGGCAGAACUGUCCAGAGGGUGCCAACGGCACAGUGGUGAAGGAGUGUGCUGCUAGCUCGCCCACUGCAUACUUUUGGUUCCGAAAAGCUUUGGACAUAACAGACUCCAUAAAUGAGAUUGGCCAGUUCAACUCCAUCAUGACCGGCUGUCUGCUUGCUGCCUGGGCAAUCGUCUGCCUCGGCAUGUUCAAGGGAAUCAAGUCGUCUGGGAAGGUGAUGUACUUCUCCUCCGUGUUUCCAUAUGUUGUGUUGCUGUGCUUCCUCAUCCGAGGCUUGCUGCUAGAUGGAGCAGUGGAUGGCCUCAAGUAUCUGCUCUACCCAGAGCUGUCGAUCUGGAAGGACGUGCAAGUGUGGCGGCAGGCCGCCACUCAGGUGUUCUUUGCGCUGGGCCUGGGCUUCGGGUCGGUUAUCGCCUACUCCUCCUACAACCCGCGGCACAACAACUGCCACCGCGACGCCAUCAUGGUGGCCUCCGUCAACUUCAUGACCUCCGUGCUGGCUUCGCUUGUCGUCUUCUCUGUACUCGGCUUCAGGGCCAAGAAAAUCACCUUAAGCUGUGUUACACAGAAUCUGGAGCUCCUGAAGUUUGAGACGGGUCAACAUAUUAACAUCACUGAGCCCGACGCCUACAAUGAGUGGCUUCAGGUGGCAGGCCCCAGCCUGCCCAUAAACCUGACCAACUGCACCAUGGAGAGGGAGAUGAAUAAGGGGGUUGAGGGCACUGGCCUGGCCUUCAUAGCGUUCACGGAGGCCAUGACUCUGUUUCCGGGCAGUCCCUUCUGGUCAGCACUCUUCUUCCUUAUGCUCCUCAAUCUGGGCCUCAGCACCAUGUUUGGCACCAUGGAGGGCAUCCUCACCCCGCUCUAUGACAACUUCGCCUCCCUCGCCAAACGCAAAACCGCCUUUACAGUGUUCAGCUGCACAUUGGGCUUCCUCAUCGGCCUGUUGUUUACCCAGCGGUGUGGUAACUACUUUGUGACUAUGUUUGAUGAUUACUCUGCCACCCUGCCGCUCAUCAUUGUCGUGGUGUUCGAGACCAUCAGUGUUGCUUGGGUCUACGGGGCGGAUCGGUUUCUGGAUGACAUUGAGAAGAUGCUUCUCUGGCGCCCCCCACGGAUCUAUAAGUACUUGUGGAAGUAUGUGUGUCUCUUUGCUAUGGUUGGGUUGCUCAGUGCCAGCCUCGUACGAAUGGUUUUGCAGCGGCCCACCUACAAAGCCUACAGUCAGGAUUUGGCAUCUGAGGAGACUCUUGAGUACCCUGACUGGGCCCUGGCUGUUCUGUCCAUUCUCAUCGUCUGUGCCACUCUACCCGUUCCCGUCUGCUUCCUCUACCACACCCUCCGUGAGCACUUCGGCCAACCGGCUGGAGGGGGCGGGACCUCCCACAGCGUGGUGAACGGCCACUACAGACCGUGCAGCACCACAGACCCAGACGCCACGCCAGUGGACGCGCGACUGAUGAGCGAAGCUGGAACUCCUCUGACGCUGGCCGAGGACAGCCAAGGGCUCCUCUUUGAGUCGGAAGGGGUGGCGGAGUCAACAGGGCUGUGAGCAUGACAGCAAACACUUAUUUUUUUAGGAGAAGAGUGAAGGCCCAGAUAUGUUCAAAUGAGAGGAUUCUCUGUUUGUAUGUGAACAUAAAAAAUGAGAUUACAUGAUGGAUAGUGUAGAGGACUCGGAAAAGUGUCAGUUUACUGAACCGUUGGGCAAUUAAGUAGUUACAGAACCUGAAAAAGGUGCCAUACUCAUGUGUCUGUGAAAAACUCUGUCACCUGAGGACAACAGAAUGGGGAUGAAUGGUGCCCGUAGGCACACGUUGGCAUCUCUGCCAGCCACGUGGGCAUCUUGGGUCUUUUUCUUGUAUCCUGUUACAUUUCACGGUUGCUCCGAGGGCCCAGCCACUUGAAUUUCGCAACACAUUUCUUGGUUUUACUUUUCCAGACAUUUCCAGAGCUGCUGUUUUUGGAGAAACAAGAUCUAGCUAUUCUCUCCCAGGCUUUUCUCUCUCCUGGAAGAGGGUUCUGCUGUUUCAGUGUUUCAUCUGAAGGUUGAGCGCUCGGCUGUUCCCAGGCCAGGCUGAAACCCCCCCCCCCCAACUGUGGGGGAAAGAUAAAAGGAUCUGAUCGUUUUCUCUCUAUCUGAAGAGAUGUGGUUAGUCUGUCAGUGCCUUCCACCAUUUUUUUUGUUGUUAUUUUUAUUAUUAUUUUUUUUAACUCCUGAAAUAUUUUUUUAAUGUUUACAUAUUUGUAGAUUUAUACAAAUAUCUAAAUUAACUUUUAAUCACAAAUGUGUCAUCAAUACCAACAUGCAGACGCUAGUGCAGGAGGAAAAACAUGAACCUGGUCAUAUGCAGAAUCCCAGUAGUAUUACCAUUAAUGUGAGCCAUCACUACAGGUUCAUACUCAGUCCUUUUUGGUGCUUCAGCUAAGCCAGUGGUUCUCAAACUGGGGGUUGCCAAAAAUAUUGGAGGGGUCGCGAAAUGAUUUGCAGUCUGGAUUAAAGACAUUUAGGUUUUUAGUCAAAGGCUGCCAUUGACAUAAUGCUUUUGGUGUUGACAGCCUACCUAUGAGAGAAGACAUUUUCUGCCUCUGCUUCCAAUGCCCAUCUCACACAGAAGGAAGUCGCGAGACUUGGCCCGUGUUUUUUGGGGGGUCGCCAGACAAAACGUUUAAGAACCACUGAGCUAAGCUAUAAAAAACAGCCUUAAGAUAUGUAUGGAUGUAUGGACACUAGCCAUGAACUCCAACCCUACUCUGUCAUGCUGUUGUUAAACAGAGUUAGGUAAUGCUACCAUUUACGCUGGUUGAAUGGAACACAACUACCAUGUAUUUAAAGAACAUUUUUAACAACUCGGAUGAUUUUUCUAAUGCUUUUAUAGAUGUUAUAAUUGUUUUUGUUUCUAAAUAUAUAGUACUACAUGUACAUAUCGCUAGUCAAGAUCUGUGGGUUAAAACUCAACCGGGCCAAAAUAUAAUGUGAUGAAAGAAUGAACAGAAGUGUACUGAACCUGGACUGAAGAGGGUUUGUUUAAAUGUGUUGUCAGAAGGCUGUAAUGUGCCUGAAUUGAAUUGAUCAGAAUGUAUAUUGUGUAUAUUUUUUGGCCUUGAUUCAGUCUCAUUUUAAAUUAUUUUCAAAACUAAGUUAAAAAGGGUUGCCAAGUUUUCUGUAAAAUUUUGUUUUUUUAAUUUAUUUUUUAAUGACUUGUUUUAAACACAAAUAGAACAUUGGGGUAUAUAAUAACAAGGUUACCCAAAGGUUGGAUCAUGCAGUAAUAAUAUGUACAUAUGUAGCUGGUGAAAUGUUUUUUUUCUAAUGUAUUAUAAUUGACAUACAUUGCUUACCAUAAAUUGGUCCUUUGUCAAGCCAGUUGUUCCUUUCAUUCUCAAUGUUUUUAUAGUUGAGGGAUUACGAUUAGCAGUAUUCAUCACAACUUGAAGCUUGUUGCCUUGCCACAACUGAGGAGUUCAAAAUGUAAAUAUGCUUUGUCAUAUUUCAGUGUAUUUUUAUGUGUACUCAGUGGGAUCGUAUGUGAGAUGUCACCCAGGUGUUGUGGAGAAAAGGGGCCAUUGUGGGAUUCCUGACAUUCCUCUCAUCCAAGUGUCAGAUGGGCUGUUAUUGGUGCUUUCAGGUCAUUGUAUCGCUAUCCUGCUUUUGUAAGAUAAAUACAGGUCUUGGUUUUCUAUAUUAAAUACACUGAGUUUGUAUUACA